AUGAAAUUUGCAAAACAAGUAUUGGAAUUUAAUUCGCCGCGUUUGGUCACAGAGAGCCUUCAAGGACUAUGCUAUGCAUACCCUCAUCUCCGUUUAGAUUCAAAACACAAUGUCAUCUACUGUGCAAAUGUUGAUGAGAUUGCAAAGUCUCAGGUUACGAUGAUUGCAGGCGGUGGUUCUGGUCAUGAACCUGCUCACUCGGGAAGUGUGGGCAGUGGAAUGCUUACUGCUGCAGUGUGUGGGAAUGUGUUUGCAUCACCAUCAUCAAGCCAGGUUCUGGCUGCAAUUGAACGUGUCCAAUCUCCUCAUGGCACUCUUGUGAUUGUCAAGAACUACACUGGGGAUUGUCUCAACUUUGGACUGGCUGUUGAGCGGGCAAAAGCAAAGAGAAUCAAGGUCACGAUGAUUAUAGUUGACGACGACGUGUCGAUUGGCCGCACAAAAGGUUCAAAGGUUGGUCGGCGAGGUUUGGCUGCCACUACACUGGUUAUCAAACUGGCUGGUGCAAUGGCUGCUACUGGUGCUCGUUUGGAAGAGGUGUCUCAAAUGGGAUCGAUGUGUAUUAAAAAUGCUGCUACCUUGGGUGUCGCUCUGGACCACUGCCAUGUUCCAGGAAGUUCUGCAGACAGCCACCUCGCCAGCCUGGGUCCAAAUGAGAUUGAGCUUGGUAUGGGUAUCCACAACGAACCCGGGUUCCUCAAGACACCUCUGACGUCCACAAAAGCUUUGGUAGCCACCAUGAUGGACAUCCUUAUCGACCAGGACGAUCCCGAGCGCUCCUACCUGGACCUGCCAUUCAACAAAGCCGACCAUCAGAGCCACAAGAUAGUCCUGUUUGUCAACAACCUGGGCGGAACAUCGAUGCUUGAAUUCAAUGGCGCAGUCAAAGAAGCCGUGGACUACAUCCUCACAAAAUCUCAUCUCAGCCUAGAACGUGUCCUGGCAGCCCCAUUUGUGACCAGUCUGAACAUGCCUGGAUUUUCACUGACGCUGCUAAAAAUAGUGGACCCCAAGAUGUUGGAGUUGCUGGAUUAUCCUGUCAAGGUUGCAGGUUGGCCACUUGCACCAGCCCAUGAAUUUGUGACCACAAAAGAAUCAUUGUCGUCUGUGCAGCCUAGUCUGACCAAUAAACCAGCAACACUUCAAAUACCCCAAAAUCCUGAGGUUAUCAAGGCUGUUAUUGAGUCUGCUGCCCAUGCUGUGAUUGAAGUAGAGCCAGAGAUCACAUCACUUGACACAAUUCUUGGUGAUGGUGAUUGUGGACACACUCUCAAAGCAGCCGCGACAGCCAUUCUCAAGAUUCUUCCUAGUCUGGAUCUUAGUUCGGCAUCUGACACCAUUAUUGGCUUGGCAGACACAAUAGAACGUACCGUUGGAGGCACUUCAUCUGCAAUCUACUGUAUCUUUCUCAAUGCACUUGCAGCCGGUCUUCAACAAUCACCUGUUCCAAAAGAUAAUCGUGUAUUGUGGGCAACAGCUGCCCGCCAUGCUCUGUUGAUUCUUCAGCAGUACACAAUGGCACGAGUUGGAGACCGUACUCUGAUGGAUGUACUGACACCAUUUGUCAAUGCACUUGGGUCCAAGGAAAUGUCGGUUGAUGAUGCAGUCAAGGCGGGAUUAAAGGGAGCAGAGUCUACACGUAGACUGACAGCCAAGAUGGGAAGAGCCUCCUAUCUGGCCACAGAAGAUGUUUUGACAUCUGGACUUCCCGAUGCUGGUGCAUGGGGCUUGGCAGCCAUCUUGAAAGGAUUGGGGCAAGCCAUAGAUUCCCAAUCAUGA